AUGGCUACAGGCCAUACCAUGUACCUCACUCACAUGCUGGAACUCGGCGUGAGUUGUGGAACCCUAGAAAGUGGAGACCUCACUCACACCCUGGUGUGCCCUGGAAUGGCUCUCACCCGUAUAACCAGCAGAGCCAGUGGCAGGACCCCUCACCUUCUGGGGUUCCCCAGAACUUUCCUGACCACAGGACCUGACAGCACUGCCACUGGUGGCUACAGUGACUUUGAUGGCCAUCCUGGUUAUCGCGUGGAGUUUCCUUCAUAUGACACUCCUCACUGGUCUCAGCCAUACAACCAGCAGCAGAGUGACUCCCAACGGGACUCCUGGCAGCAGUACGACUCAGGACAGGACUCCUGGCAGCAGUAUGACUCAGGACAGGACUCCUGGCAGCACUAUGACUCAGGACAGGACUCGCGGCAGCACUAUGACUCAGGACAGGACUCACGGCAGCAGUAUCAUGGUGAAGAAGAUCAGGGUCAUCAUGAGAAUGGCGCUUCUUUAAAGCUGAUAUUGAUGAGGGGAGCACCUGGUUGUGGGAAAUCUACUCUGGCAAAGGAACUUUUGUCCACUGGUCCCAAUGGAAUCAUCUUAAGUACAGAUGACUACUUCUUUCAGGACGGGGAGUACUUUUUUGAUCCGACUUUGUUAGGGGAGGCCCAUGGCUGGAACCAAAACAGAGCAUGGAAAGCUAUACAGGAAUAUCGCUCACCUGUUAUCAUCGAUAACACAAAUAUUCAAGCCUGGGAAAUGAAACCUUAUGUUGUGAUGGCUUUGGAGAAAGGAUAUUGUAUCACAUUUCAUGAGCCUGACACCAGCUGGAAAUUUGAUCCUUCCCAAUUAGAGAGGAGAAACAAACAUGGAGUGUCUCGGGAGAAAAUCGUUAAGAUCCUAGAGAGUUUUGAGAGACCUAUGACAGUGAAUAUUGUUCUGAAUUCUACUGAGCCCCCUCGUAGGAACAAACGGCAUUUGUCAAAGAACUCCAUAUGA